UACAUUUGUAUUUAUUUAUGUAAAUUAAUUGUUAAAAAUAAUAUAAUGUCGUCCAAAUAGGCGGUUAUCAGUGCACCCACACAAAUCGCAUAUCUAAACCCUUCUAUUUCCUCCGCACUUGAUAAUUUUAGGAUACAUAAUGAAAUAUUAGCAUACAUGUACAAUCUAAACAACAUAUUGUUGCAUGUUUAAAGGAUAAAGACUUUAAACACUAACAUGAUGUAUGGUGCUACGGCAAGAAUUUUGUUUGUCGUUUUUCUGCUCAAGAUAAGUGUCGUUAAAUCACUAUACAGUAAACCUUGGAAUGAAAAAUAUGAGAACAAUAAAUGUCCUAAGCUGUACCCUAAGAACUUUGAUAAUUACAUGCCAUCUGGAAACUUAACUGCUGGUAACUUCACGGAGAAGAAGGAUCUCAAGGGUUUAAGACAAUGUGUAAUGGCCUGCUGCUUGGAGACCACCUGUAACAUUGUGUUCAUAGUGGAGUCCAGGUGCUACCAUGUGGAGUGUGUGGCCGACGAGCUGUGCCUGCCGCUGCCUAGGGUUGGCAGCAGGAAGUGGGAGACUCAUGUCUCCAUGAUCCUAGUCAAACCUGUGCUGCCCAGUGAGAACUGGUCGGACAUCCUAGAACAAUCAAACUUUAGGGAAUUAAAUAACUAUUCACCAGAGGAGGAACCCAUGUAUGCAUACUCCAAUCACGGCAAUGACAUGCCAGAUGAUGAGGAGUCAAGUUUCCUUAACCGUUUCAUCAAUAACUUACCUAGUUUGGAAGAUGAUGAACAACAGGCUUUCGAUAAAUAUGAAAGUUCUGAUGAGAUGAUGUUGGCAUCGAGGUUCUUGAAUAAAAUCUCAUGUGAUAUGGGAGCCGACGACUGUCCAUAUAACUCGGAAUGUGUACCUCUGGGCCAUAAAAUGCAUGGCAUAUGCAAGUGCAUUUUAGGGAUGGAAGAGAACUCCCAAGGAGCGUGUGUGCCGAUGCGCCGGCCGUACUCCAAAGGCCCAACUAUGCCUAUAGAGUCUAUAAAAAAGAGUGACAGCCUCAUUGACGCUAAAAUGGAUGAGUCCAAACUGGACACAAACAUGCCAAAGCUGAAUUUAACAGUUUCUAUAGAGUCUAAACAAGUACAAUUACCUGAAAAUGAAGUGACCCUGGCAGCAUAUACUAUACCUGACGAGAAGACGACCAGAACCCACUAUAAUUACGCUUGGACUAUUGUAGAUCAACCAAGUGGUGGUUUCACAGGUAAUAUGAUUCAAAAUGGUGCGACAGUUACUUUGACAGACCUUACGGAAGGUCAAUAUAAAUUCAAGGUUACAGUAAAUGGUACAAACUCAUAUGGAGAGGCUUUCGCUAAUGUCACCGUGCUACCACCAAAGAGGAUCAACAAAGCACCUAUAGUUGUCAUCACACCUCAAACACAGACUGUUAAAUUACCAAAUUCUGGGGCAGUUUUGGAUGGAAGUGCUAGCAAGGAUGAUGACGACAUUAUAUCCUGGCAUUGGGAGCUUAUCGCUGGGCCAAUUGGCUACCAGCCUCCGCUACAAGACGGACCUACACUUGUGUUGAAUGACUUAAAACUGCCCGGCAACUACACUUUCAAACUGACAGUGGAAGACUCCGAUCACGUGAAGAAUUCUACUACGGCCAAUAUGACUGUGCUGAAUCAUACCGACUACCCACCAGAGGCUAAUGCUGGACAAGACGUGAUAAUAUAUCUACCAAAUAACAAUUUGACUUUGAAUGGAAGUUUGUCGACGGAUGAUCACGAAAUAACAUCAUGGGAGUGGACCAAAGCUACGGAAGAUGAGAAUAAAGCUGUUGACAUGCAAAAUACACACUCACCAUAUUUACAGUUGUCGAACCUGUCUGAGGGUGUGUACACGUUCGUGCUGAAGGUGACGGACAGCUCGGGGCAGUCGUCGACGGCGGAAGUGCACGUGUUCGUCAAGCCGCCCACCAACACUCCCCCCGUGCCGCGCGCCACCGCCCCGCCCUUUAUAUCGCUACCGCAAACGUGGGUAGUACUAAACGGCUCAGAGUCACGUGACGACCACCGUAUAGUCGCGUACACAUGGCGCUGCGUCGACGGCCCAACUAACUCCACCAUACUAGCGUACAACGAGUCGAUAGCGAACGCGACUGCACUCACCAAGGGCGUGUACACUUUCUCCCUGACUGUACUCGACGAUAACGGGAACUCCGCGUCCACUAAUGUCACUGUCACUGUUACACAGAACAAGAAUAGUCCUCCGAAGGCGGACGCGGGCGGAGACCAAGUAUUGAACUUACCAGUCAACGUCCUUAUUCUGAACGGGUCUAAAUCGUCGGAUGACUUCCGUAUUGUGUCGUGGAAGUGGACGCGAGCGACGUCCGGUAUCGCGGCUGGGACGGUCAUACUGAAUUCGGACACGAAACCUGUGUUGAUGCUAUCAAACAUAGAAGCUGGUAGAUACGUCUUCGAACUGACAGUAACGGAUGAUCAGGGCGAGUCCUCGCGGGAUACAGUCAGUGUUCAAGUCAAACCAGAUCCCUUAGACAUGAAGAUGCUGGAAAUGACUCUCAACAUACCGAUAUCUACCUUCACCAAGGGGCAGCUGGACUCUUUGGUACAGAAAAUGACGUUGCUCCUCAAGGAUGAUAUAAAAGUUAACGUAACAGACAUCCGUGGAGAAGUGGACACUGGGAACACGAUUAUUGACUUCUUCCUGUCUGACAAGGGCACGGCUAUGGAUGGCCUGACAGCGCUAACUCUAUCCCGCGCGGCAGCCGUGGACGGCGCGCGCGUGCGGUCGCGGCGCUGCCUGAGCGCGUGCUCGGGGCGGGGCGUGUGCGACCAGGCGACGCGCACGUGCCGCUGCGACGCCUUCUGGAUGCAGAGCCUGUUCACGCAGCUGCAGCCCGACGCGCUGCCCGACUGCGAGUGGUCGGUGGUAUACUUGUGCGUGUGCGCCGCGGCGCUGGCGGCGGGCGCGGGCGGGGCGUGGUGCGUACUGGCGCGCGCGCUGCGUCGUCUGUGUGCGCCGCGCAAGCAGCGGGCGCGCCCCGCCUACCGCCUGCUGCCGCUGGCGGACGAGAGGCCAUUUGUAAACAAAGACGUGUCGGAGAGCGAUACGGACUCUGACGUCCUUUACGAGACAAAAACUAAGUCCACGUCCUUCUCGCCGCGGUCAAACGGCGAACUGACGCACGGCAACGGCUGGAAAAAGAACGGACACAAAACUUCAAGGAAAGUCAAAACGUAGUUCACCGCCGCUUACCACGCUCGAUUGAUAGGUAUGUGCUAGUAGACUUAAUAUGCUUAAAAACGAGACUUACGGCCGCACCCAGAGACGUUUAGACCAAAUUUCACCAGCGACUGUUAAAGUUAAUGCUCGAAUUA